ACCAUCUAAGGUCAUUACCAAGCAGUUUUCCAAAGGGGUUUAGGCAUUUAUUUUUGGGUCUUUCUAUCAGAGGAAACAUUGUCGACAGCUGCUUAAUUUUUCGUUUUCAAUUCAAAACCUUGGACUUAUAAUUUACGCUGAUCGUAUAUUUCGUGAAGACAGUGAUUCAAUGGUCCUCAAGCCAAAUGAAAAGUAUGACAUUGACACUGAUAGAUUCCUGUCAGUAGCAUCCUGUAUUAUAAAAGAUCGUCUUUAUUUCUUAUCCUGUAAAACGCCACCGAGAAGCAAUUCUGUGAUUCAUUUCUUUUCAACAGAUGAUGAAUUGUGCUAUGAAAACUUUUAUACCGAUUUCGGACCAUUAAGUCUUGGCCAGUUGUAUAAGUAUUGCAAUAAGUUGAACAAAAAGCUCAAGUCGGCCAAUUUGAACGAGAAACGGAUUGCACACUAUACAUCUUAUGAUGCUCGUAAACGCGCGAAUGCUGCAUUUCUUAUCGGAAGUUAUCAAAUCAUAUACUUAUCACGGACACCAGAAGAAGCGUAUAAACACUUGACACUGAAUGACAAUCGACCAUUCCUACCAUUUCGUGACGCUUCAUUUGGCGCAUCCACCUACCAUUUAACACUGUUGGACUGUUUAUUUGCUGUGAGUAAGGCUUUACUCAAUAAAUUUUUUGAUUUCGAAACAUUCGAUGUAGAAGAGUAUGAACAUUUUGAAAAAGUAGAAAAUGGUGAUCUUACAUGGAUAAUACCGAAUAAAUUCAUUGCGUUUUGUGGACCACAUGCUCAAAGUAAAUUGGAAAAUGCUGGUCUCGGACGUACUGGUACACUUAUCGCCUGCUAUCUAAUGAAGCAUUAUAAGUUGACAUCACGUGAGGUGAUUGGUUGGAUACGUAUCUGCCGGCCGGGUUCAAUUAUUGGACCACAACAGCACUGGUUAGACUUGAAACAACCUUUUUGUUGGCAGAGUGGUGAAAAAUUCAGAGAGAAACAACGACAAUUGGCCUCGGGUACAAAUCAUUUUGGACCGCAUACCACUGCUACUACUACUGCUGCUACUGCUACUGCUACUACCUGUAGUAGUGGUGGAAGCUUUAAUCUAUUCGAUUCUAUUAAAAAAGGAAAUGCGCUGUUUUCAUACAGUGGUGGUGGUGACGCUUCUACUACUACUACUACUGCUCUGCAUAACAAUGAUUCUGUAAUCUCGCCAUAUUCAGAAAGCAGUCUUUUAUUGAAAAAUACCGACGCUAAUGCAGUUACAAGAUUCACUGACGCUUCAGGUGAUCUUGCUACUACGCAUCACAGUGCCAUUUCAUCGACAUCUCCUGAGGCCUUAUUUGAAAAAUGUCCUGUUAAUGAUUACUCGAAUCCACAACACAACCAUGUGUCAUUUUCUGUCGACAGUGCUACCAAUUUCAAUAGUAACUCAGUUAGCAGUGACGCUAAAACUGAUUCAACUUUGGUUAAUGAUGUCUCUGCGACUACAAAUAGCGGUGAUAAUAGUAGUCAUAGUAGUAGUACUUCUAGUAUCACUGCAUCUCUCAAUGAAACUCUCACCAAUACAACUAGCAGGUCAACGUCUCAUGCUGGUUACAGUAUAAUUGUGAAAAAUGUCAAUAGUUUACAACCAUCGACGAAAGAAGAUACACAACUGAGUAUGUCUGAAGCGAAGACGGAUUCAUCUGUGUCAAAAACUAGUUCAGAUGUCUCCUCCAAGUAUAUAAAUCGUGAAGUUAUCAUCAAUCCUAAUCUGGUAAAUAAACAGAAAUUGAAGAAUCCAUCUGGUAAAUCGAAUACAAAGACACGUCUCACUCAAGGCGAUCAGUUGAAUAGAAUUAAGGCAAUGCGACGUCAAACGCACAAUAGUAAUACUCCAAACUAUAACAAAAUAACUUGUAGUUAUAAUAAUUUAAUUGACAAAAUGAAUCGUGCAUCCAGUGGUCCAAUAGUCUGUAAUGAUGACCAGUCAAUGUAUCGUAUGAUAUCUUCAUGUACUACUUCAUCUUUGACCAAUAUACAAGAUGUUAUAAUGCCUCAGUCUAAAUUAAUCCAGUCAUCUAGUGCUGACAAUUUUAAUAUUAACGUUGUCUAUCCAAAUACUAAGAAUGAUGAACAACUUGAAACAGCCUCGCCUGUAGAUGCUAGUCAUCAUCAAGAUCCAUCAAGACUGAAGUCUCCACACGCUAAAUUAACUUCUCCAAUGCCUACUGGCCCAUUACGGUUGUCACGACAUUCGAAUCGUCGGUCAACAAGUCGUCAUAACGGUUCGAUUACAGUCAAAGUGAGAAAUAAAUUUGGAGUUAAACGUACAAAACCUACUGUCAAUGUCUUCUCUGAUAACAUCAAUGAUGACAAUAAUAAUGGAGGAGGCUUGAGUGAAGUGAAUGACAAGUCGCCGGCUAACUCAUCAGCAUUACUAUCACCGUACAGAACUGGUCCACCAAUCACAACAAACAAUAUCUCCACGUCUAUGAUAAUGAUGCAAAGUAAUAAUAAUAAUAACAAUAAUAAUGCACCACUACCAAUGAAAUCUACAUUUGUGAGAAGGAAAAGUUCUCUAGGUAAUGUACCCUAUGGUGUAUUCACUACUGCCGGUAACAAUACACAGAGCAACAAUACUCAUAACAAUGCUGUAAAUAAUAAUAGUAAUAAUAAUAAUAACAGCUCAGAAAAUGCCAAUUCGCUGAAUAACAACACCGUAAAUAACAGAUUAAGUGGAUUGUACACCUCAAAAUGGCUUCCACAGUCGUCUACAGUAUCACCAAGUAGUCGAAAUAGCUUCAGUGAAUUUUUAAAUUCAGUCAUCGUGGAUUAUAGUGAAAAGGGUAUUACUCAUAACACUACCACUAGUACCAGCAAUAAUAAUAAUAACAAUAAUAGUAGUAUUGGUAUUAAUCAUAACAAUUCCACGUACAAUUUACGACGACAAGCUCAUCUGGAACGCCAACAACUCUAUGCACAAAAACCACCUGAACUGAUACGACAGAAGCCACAAACUCAUUCGUAUAAACCGAAAUCAGUGAAAGUCUUGUCACCGGAUAAAACACAGCAGAUUUAUUCACCUCAGUGUACUCCAGUUCCUCUGGCUUCCUCUAAUUAUAAUAAUAAUAAUAAUACACUGAAAUGUUCAGAAACAAAGACAAUUCGUCUGCCUAUGACACAGUUGAACUAUCAAGAACCUUUAUUCACUCGCAGUAACUUAUCAAGCGAAAUCAACAAGUUUUCUUCACCUACAAACUCGAAUUUGGCGAAUUCCCGGGAACCCUAUUUUACACGAUCAGUUCAUGCUCAAGCAUUGCAUAAUUCUAUAACAGAAUUCUCUGAUGUAUUACCUCGACCACAGUCAUCUGAUUAUUCUAGUACACCUCCAUCGUAUAUAUCAUUACCGUCGACAUCUCAAAAUGUCUACACAACAACAACAACACGUAAUAAUACUUCAUGCUCAAAUCAGUCAUCAUUACAACAAGACGACAACGAUGACGAGGAUGUUGAAUCGUCAAAACCAAAUCAACAAAUUGGUCUGUCGUCGGCUUCACUUCCGUCAAGAUUUCGUUUCCGUCAUUUGAAUGGAGCCAGUACACCGACGAAUGAUCAAAACCAGAUUAAUAAGAUUAUGCAUUCAUCGUAUGCAUUUUAUUAAUGUACACCUCCUGAAUGUGAAACAAAUCCACAACACUGAUGAAGAAAUUGAAAAAUGAACUUUUUUGAUGAUGAAUUACACUGAUGAACGAGAGAGAGAGAGAGAGAGAUGGGGGGCUGGAAACAAGCUUGCGAAACUCCAAUAUACUACUUAUUCAUAUUAGGCAAGUAUUCUUUGUAAGGCUGUAGUUGUGCAUUUUUGAAGACUUAGUGUCACUUGACAAAAUAAACUAAAUUCCUCUCUCUCUCUCUACGUGUUUAUCACUUUACCUCACCCCUCACUCACACACAUACACACACACACACGCAGACAUACUUUGGUAUAAUCACUUACUCUCACGUGCUUAAUUUUGACUGCUUUUCAGUUAUUCCCUGUAUUAAGUCAAGUCAUUUGAGUAUGCCGCAAAUGAUGAAGUCAGUAAUGUCUACUUUUUCUACUACGCCACACUCACGUCUUUCCCAGUUUAGCAGGAACUGGUAUUUAACUCUAACCUUAUUAUUAUUAUUAUUAUUGUGACUAUUGCCAUGAUCUGGUUACUUUCUGCAGCCAUCUUAUUGUCGUAUAGUUAGUCAUUUUAUUGCCGUUGUCGUCAUUUUGAUCGUUGUUCUUUGUCUCCAUCUUCUUCCCCCGCCCCCGCCCCGCAUCUCCAUCUUAACCCACGCAAUUUGAAGCGCCUUUGUGUUCACUAGGAGGAGCGAUCGCAGCAACCAGUCUGCGCCUAAUCCUAUUAUGUUGUAUGUGCGUGUGUCCAUUGUGUGUUAUACUCUGCAAGCACAAUGUGCACUACAAGCAUUUACUCACUCUUUAUUCCGCUAAAAUGCCUGUUGUUGUUUUUUUCUUUUCUUUUCUUCAUUUGUGUAGCUGUGUUAUUUCAUUUCGCCUGCUCUAUCUAUCUAUCACCCUGAUUACUUUAUCCUUAUUUUUUAUUUUAUUAUAUUAUAAUAUAUUUAUAUUUCUCAUCACAUGUUUUGCAUAGUUUUUAUCCCAUUUUGUUCAAGCUCAAAGAUAAAUGUGCCCCCUUUUUUCUUACAAGGACAACAACCUCCCCAACCUCCUUUGCCUCUCUUUGAGUGGUGGUACUUUUGAUAACUAGUGAUGAAUAUUGUAUUCAGUGGAUUUGUCUAGUUCAGUUGUUUGUUCGCUUGUUUUUUUUCAAUGUAAAGAACGAAAUGCUCCACUGAUUGAUAGUUGUUGGUGCAACAGUGAUAUAUAUAUACACACAUACACAUAUGCAACUAACUGUGUAACACUACUUAUUGCGAUAUACUUACUUAGAUAUACGUACACCUAACCCACCCACCCCAAAUCAAUACUUUGACUAUAAUCAUAGUGGUUCUUUUUGUCCACAUCUUCAUUUGUGCUUAUUUCUCACCUUGACUUAUUCUCUCUUAACAUGAAAAAUCAAAAAUAAUAAUAAUAUUAAUAAGAAUAAUAAUAUACAAUUUCUCUUUGUC